AUGCUGCGGCCUGGAUACAGACCCCCAAUCCGCAAAACAAUAGGUGAUCGACUGCUGAAUCAAAUUUAUAUGGAAGAAAAGAAAAUAAGUGAUACAAAACUAAACGGAAAAUACGUUUGUAUGUCCGUCAAUGGAUGGUCCAAUGUCCACAAUGACCCUAUCAUUUGUGUAUCUUUGACUACAAACACCGGAGAAGUAUACCUGUAUGAAAGUAUAGACACUUCAGGUAGUCCACACACAGCGGAUUACCUGACAGACUUAGCAUCAAAUCUAAUCAAAAAAUGCAAAAAUGACCAUGAAUGCCAGGAAGAGCAGGGAAAACAGCUGAUACUUCCCCAAGAUGUAGAUUGGAACACAUUUACUGACUGCUUGGAAAGUUAUCUUGCAGCAUGGCCUAAGUUGAUAAAAAUCUGUGAAGAAAACAAAGGGAACAUUGACAGAGUCGUUGCACAAAAAGUGAGUAAUAUAAUAAUCAAAAGAUCGGCAGAAGAUAUGUUACAAAUAUCAAAACCGAUAUCAGUUGCACUUGAUAGGCUCCAAGCAAGCUACGCAAUACUCAGUGACACAGUUCAGUGCUUUAAAGAGUUAGAGGCCACAUUUGGUAGUAACGGAGCUUCUGCGGAACAGAUUAAUGCUUUAAAAAUGAGAAAAAAUCAAGCAAUCACUCCAGCACAUUUGUUGGCUUUUCUAAUAGAUCCAAUAAAAAAUAACCACAAAUUGACAACUGAAGAACGUGUUUCAGCCAUGGACUUUGCCUUAAAAUUUAAUCAAAAUAUUGGACUGAUACAGUUAAUAAUUAAAUAUGAAGCCAGAUCUGAGCUUUUCAUCGAGUUCAUGUUCACCGAAGAGAUUUUAAAAAAUGUAAGUUUUUCUAUCAUGACUUCAAGAAAAUUGCUUCCUCUUCUAAUAGCACGUAUGUUAUUAGAAGAGGAAGAUUUCAGUGCUUCGGAGGAAUUAUCUGAUAGCGAAACUGAAGAUAACCUGGAGGUAAAUGCUGUUGAAAGUGAUAAUCAGACAGAAGAGUCUUCCGGUUCUUCCGACGAUGAAGUUGUUCAAGAGCAGAUUUCUCUUGCUUUGAUGGAUGAUGUGCUGGAACCACAAACAGGUCAAAAACUAAUGAACCGCCGUGACUUUAUGAAGAAGGUGCAUUCGCAACUUGUGCUUUUCGAACCAUGGCUGAAAAUCCGACUGGAAAUUCGUACCAUGCCGACGCACAUCAAGAAUAAAAUCAAAAAUAUAUUGGGUUCAGGGCACGAUGAAGGUCAAGGUCAGAGUCAGCCACAACCCAGCAACGACCUUCAAAUUACAGAGGCACCAAAUAGCAGAAAAAGAAAAAUCUGUAGUCUAUGUUCAUAUACUAAAAGGCGCAUGACAUUCAUCAUGCGCUAA